ACAUAAGAGUGGAUCCAGUGACAACUAGUUCAGUUCGAGUUCUGCUUGAAACGCGACAGUGGUUUUUAAAGAGGUUAGUUUCAGUGUUUUAGUUUCUGUAAAGACCUCAUUUUUGUUGUUUUUAAAAACAAAAUGAAGGUUGAGGACAUUAUUCCCCUACUGGGGAAUUUCGGCCGUUACCAGUUAUUCGUGGUUUUAUACACUGGAGUGCUAAGUAUUGUCGGAUGUAUGGUGAGUUUUGGCAAUGUGUUCUUCGCAGCCGAAACGGAUCAUUGGUGCCAAGUUCUGCCAAAGGAAAAUUGCUCCAGCUGGGCGGAGUUUCAAGACAACUGCACGGACGUGAAAAAGUCCAUCCUCCUGCCUCCUCCAGAGAACGAGAACAGCAAGUAUCCUUACUCCACUUGCCAGCAGUGGGACCUGCCACCUGGGUACGAGUUCGAUCCAUACGAGCCACUCAGCGAAGUCGACAAUCAUACUUACAAGGUGCCGUGCCAAGAUGGAUGGCAAUACGACACAUCGCAGUACAAGACCACGACCAUCUCAGAUUUCGACCUGGUGUGUGACAAGAGAAGUCUGCCCAGCCUUGCUCAGUCCAUUUACUUCGCGGGAUUUUUGGUGGGAUCUUUCGUCUGCGGCUCUCUUUCUGACUGGAUUGGUCGCAAGAAAACCGUUUUCGUUGGUGUGCUGUUUUUCGCCGUUGGCUCAAUCGUCACGACAUUCUCCGUGAACAUCUACAUGUACAUGGCUUUCCGUUUCAUCGCUGGCUUCGGCAACAUUGGCUCUUACAUCCCACUGUUUGUACUUCAGUUGGAGUUCGUCGGGAAGUCAUGGCGUACACCCGUUGCAAUGUCUUCGGGUAUAUUCUUUGCGUUUGGAUAUUUCGUGCUUGCAGUGGCUGCGAUGUACGUCAGCGAGUGGAGGACCCUCUCCUUGAUCGUCUCACUCCCCACGCUGCUUUUCUUCAUCCCGAUUUUAUUCAUGCAGGAGUCUGUAAGCUGGUUGAUUUCUAAGGGAAGAAUCGAAGAAGCUGAGGCGGUCAUCAGAAGAGUGGCCAAGAUUAACAAGAAGACGCUGCCAGACGUCUUAUUGAAUAAAGACGACAUUGAGCAAGAAACGGAAUCGAAGGAGUCACGUGUUCCCCCGUCUGUAAUUGACCUGUUCAAAACGCCCAACAUGGCGGUCAAGACCAUCAACAUGAUGUACAAUUGGUUGGUCAAUAGUCUGAUCUACUACGGCCUGUCACAGAGCACUGGUGAUCUAGGCGUGGACGAGUACUGGGCGUUCUUCAUCUCGGGAGCCGUGGAGAUCCCGGCCCUGCUGUAUGCCACGGUCGGGGUCGAAUGGUUCGGACGCAAGUGGAACACUGCGGUGUUGGAGGUGAUAGGUGGUGUGGCAUGCUUGGCCACGAUCUUCAUCCCGCUCGGGAUCUGGCGCACUGUGGUGUCCAUGGCAGGCAAAUUUUGCAUCUCAGCUACAUACGGUAUCAUAUACCUCUACACAACCGAGCUGUUCCCCACGCCAGUCAGAUCUAUUGGCUUGGGCAUGAGUUCUCUCGCGGCUCGGAUUGGAGGCAUCCUUUCCCCUAUCAUUCUACUGUUAGGGGACUACUUGGAAAGUCUACCCCUGAUCGUGUUCGGCUCGAGCGCGGUUCUGGCGGGAUUGUUGGUGCUCCUUCUACCGGAGACGAAAGGACGAAAACUGCCUCAGACGCUGGAAGAGGGAGAGGAAAUAGGAAAAUGCCGAUGUAUGCGCAAAAAUGCCGACACAGUGGCCAUCACCGGACUCGAUGAAAUCGAGGCGGACAAAGAGGGCGCCCUAACUAACCCGGCCUUUGAUAACAAGCUGGAGGAUGAAGAGGAAAAGACAAUCCAGGCAGAAGACUAGAAGAAAGGAUGCGUCAUGUAAAUAAUUGUAUUUGAUCAGUAUUCUUGAAAGUCAAGAGUAUAUGUUCAUGUAGUUGUAGUGAGGUUUAGAAACUAAACCAAAUCCCCGUUAGAUCUUUACCCACUGCCCCGCUCCUUUGUUCCUUUCCCCGCAUCAAUCCUUUGUGCUUUUCCUUCCUCCUCCCUUGCACGAAUGUGUGUCCCCUACUUCUUUGUUUCUGUAUACGCCUGUCAUUUUCCUUUGACAAAGCUCCUGUCAAGAUCGAAACAUUAUCAUGGCAACAGUUACUUGCUUUCAUUUCCAAUUCAAAAUAUCCGCUAAAAGUUUCAGUAAGAAAUCAAUCCACUGGUCAGUCACGAGGAGUGUUUGGUUCUAUGUGUUCUAUUAUAUGUUUUAUUUGGGAUGCUUCACCCAUCCUUCUACUUGCACAAUAUAUCCAGUCUUUUUCUCGAGAUGCGGGAGGGCAAAAGACUUGAAGGAUAAGGAGAUUGGCCUACGUCUUUAUCGUGUGACCUGGUCGAACUAUAGGUACAAACCACCAGAACUCAGCAUUGAAUGCCCCCUGUGUAUCACUUCAUAUUAAGUCCCUGCCUAAGCUGUAGGUAGCAUUUAAUGACCAUUUGCGAGAAUCUAUGAUUUUUAAUUAUAUCUCCUAAAAACUUGAUAAUGAUAUAAAUGAAAUUCCACAUUAAAUUUCGUAAGCUUCCUAAGUACGAAGCACACAAAACUAAUGGUAGAUUUUUUUCAACCUAUGUAUAUUUGCUAUAAACAGCACCAUUAUUCAGUGCAGAUAUUCAUGUCGAACACAGCACGCUGUCUACUAGUACAUUGGGGAUACGGAUGACAAUUGGUCUGAAGUAAAUUUUGAAUGAAAAUUAUAACAUUUAUGUCGAUUGUAUGAUUGUAAUAUAAUGUACAUAUAUUUGGGAAUGGCUGAAUAAAAUCGAUUCGACAAGA